UAGUUGACUUCGAAAUCCCCCGAGGCCUGGGGCACGGCUUCCUUUUCAGGGCCAUUCGGGCCUGGCCCGACCCUCCCCGUACGAGGGAGGUUUUCGGUGGCCUCGUACUGUCUUUUCGUCCUUGAUCUUCCGAUAACAAACACUGAUCAAUCGCACUUAACAACAUCUUCAGUACGAAGAUAGCCAAAAUGGAUCUGGCCAUGGGGGCUACUGAUCUGAAAAGGCUUUCAACAUCAGCUGGAAUAAAUUGCAGCUUUACCCACCACCUCUCAGGGUCAAUGUAGGCUUCUCAUUUUGCGUUGAUUGCACAUUGCACAAGAUGAAGAGCACGUCAACGUUAUUCAUCCAUGCGACGAUCAUCACAGUCGAUAACGAGCGAACAAUAUGGCUUGAUGGUGCCAUUCUGGUAAAUCUUGAUCGCAUUGUUGCCGUCGGCAAGACCGCGCAAUUGCUACACGAUCCCCUCCUGCCUACUGGGACGAAAAUUGUGGAUUGUUCCGGUCGCAUCAUUCUCCCAGGACUCAUCAACACGCAUGCACAUCUUGCACAAUCACUGUUGAGGGGCCUUGCUGAGGAUGUGCCUCUGCACUCAUGGCUUUGUGACUCGAUAUGGCCAUUCGAAGCAAACUACGAUGCCGAUGACGGCUAUGUUGCAGCCAGACUGACAAUCGCGGAGAUGCUGCGAAGCGGUACGACAUGCUUCCUUGAGGCAAUGUUGACCUAUCGAAGUGGCUUCGAGAACGUGGCUCGCGCGGUCGAGGAAAUGGGCAUCAGGGCAUGCUUGGGCAAGCUUGUGAAAGUUGAAGAAACCAACACAAAGACAGGAAUGACAGACGCCAGAGAUCGAGAUGUGGCCAGUAUGUCUAUCGAGAACGCUCUCGAGGCCCACCAGAAAUACCACGGGUCUUGUGGUGGCAGGGUUCACGUAUGGAUGGCCGCCGGAACUCCCCGGGGCUCCUCCGAGUCAUCACACAAGGCCAUAGGAGAUGUGUGUGCUGAGCACGGCAUCGGCCUGACCAUGCAUUGUGCCGAAGCACCAAAGGAUCUCUCCAUCUACCGUGACUGUUAUGACUGCAGUCCAGUCGAGUUUUGCCAAAGGAACAACCUGAUUGGGAACGAAAGGAAAACUGUCCUUGCUCACAUGGUGAAUCUGGACCUGGAGAAGGAUUCUCCCCUCCUACAGCAGGCAAACGUCACCGUGGCACAUAAUCCGAGCAGCAACUGCAAGUUGGCUUCGGGGAUAGCGCCUGUUCCCGAAUUGAUGGCUUCCGGGGUAAAUGUCAGUCUCGGAACCGACGGUGCCCCAUGUGCCAAUACGUAUGAUAUGAUUCAAGAGAUGCGAUUGGCUGCAUUAAUCCAGAAGGGCACCCGGAAGGAUGCCAAACUCCUGGGGGCGGAGGAUGUACUCGCCAUGGCCACAAUCAACGGAGCCAGGGCCCUUGGUCUCGACAAGGAGACCGGAAGUCUCGAGGUCGCAAAGAAGGCCGAUUUCAUAGUGCUUGAUCCUUCAGGCCUUCACUGUGCACCCUUCGACCAAGACCAAAUUCUCGAUGGAGGGCUGGAUCCUGUCACAACUGUGGUCUAUUCGUGUAGCGGAGCAGAUGUGGAGAUGGUGGUUGUCGAUGGUCAAUUGGUGGUGGAGGAGCACCAGCUUGUAUCUGCUGAUGAGGGCCAGAUCAAGGAAAGAGCUCGUCACAGCGUCAAGAGGAUAAGGGAAAGGUCCGAGGUGCAAUCGCAUCUUAAACGGAACUUUCGGUGACAGGUAGCCCAUGUCUUGAGGUGCUUUUGGAAACCAGGGUCGCAUAGCAUUGAAA